UCCAUGGACAUUUAUACCUAAUGUGCAGUCAAAAUCAAACAGCUCUGUAAAGAAGGAAAUGGGGAAAAUAUUCCUUUUAUGCAUUUCAAAAUUGGAUUUUACUUUAGGAUGACAACCAGUCGUAAAGAAAGAGGAUCAUUAUCUAUGUACUAAAGCGCUGUAACCCGGGUGUUGAAGAGAAAGGAUCAUACUCCUCAUAACAGGGCAGAUAAGCCGACGAAGAGUGAGGUCAUCUGCUGAGCUUUGGUGGUGGACGGAAAAAAUCAUACUCCCAAUUAAGAAUUUCGUUGCAAAAUCAUAAAAUUCUUUGGCUGGACUGCUUUGAAAAUGACUAAGCCGGAAGACUGUGACGAAGGUUUCGCUUCCAAUCGCAUCCUGCUAACGAGACAGAGUUUGGGGGAGGGGCGGAUUCGGUCAGAGGAGGAGACACCAGGCAGGGAAGAAGGUGUCAAUGUUCUCUGCGAGGAUACAGAAUGUGGCUACUUUGGCUGGAGGCCGCGAUGGCUGCAAAAGUGCCAUACUCCCAAAUUCGCGCUGGCUUUGAUGUGUUGGUUUUGUACAAUGCAAGGUUUUAUCGAGAAUGGCUCCAUUCCUGUCAGUGUUCAGAUGAUAGAACGCCGGUACAACCUGGACAGUACCCAGCUGGGGUUCAUCUCAUCAUUCUACGACAUUACCAUCGCCGUGCUUGCGAUCCCUAUCGGUUACUAUGCCCUGUCCUGGCAUCAGCCACGAGCCCUGGCUGUCUCCUGCCUGAGCCUCGGGCUCGGCUCGUUCAUCAUGGCCCUGCCUCAUUUCGUCUACGGGGAAUACCAGCUGGCAACAGAAGCACCGGGCAGUUCGUUAGGAAACGUCUGCAGAGUUAAUUCCACUGGUGAUGUUUGUGAUGAUACGAACAACAUACACCGGAGCGCAGUCGUGUAUAUCUUUCUCCUUGGCCAGGUCUGCAAUGGCAUCGGAGGACUCGCUCUCUUUAGCAUUGGUAUUGUCUAUAUUGACGAGAAUGUCAACAAACACACUUCACCCAUGUACCUCGGCAUAUUUUCCUUUUUCGCGUGCGUUGGUCCGUCCAUAGCGUUUAUCUUUGGUGGCAAGAUGCUCGACACGUAUGUCGAUAUUGGAAGAAUCGACACAAAUAAAGUUUCCAUCACCCCUGAAGAUCCUCGAUGGGUAGGAGCUUGGUGGAUCAGUUUCCUCAUUGGGUCCAUCUUGACCUUCUUCUGCGGUGCAAUGAUAUUUUGCCUCGGGCGGCGACUGCCUGGGGCGCCUGCAAAAAGUGUAAAAACUGUCACCUCAGAUGACGGGGACGUAUUCAUCCUGAGGAAAGGACAGACACUCCGAGACCUUCCCGGCCAUACCCUAGCGCUGAUGAUGAACCACACCUUCGUUCUUCUUCUACUGUCCCUAACAGCCACGAGUGUCACAUUGAACGGAAUCGAAAGCUUUUUUGUGAAAUUCGUUCAGAACCAAUUCAAUCUUGAAGCGUCCAGUGCGUCUAUGCUGACUGGUGUUAUUAUGAUCCCCAGUGCUGCUGCGGCGCACUUGACCGGAGGUUAUCUGGUCAAGCGUUUCAGGAUGGGCAUCCCCGGGAUGGUCAGGCUAUCAUUGGUCUUCAUGGCCAUUGCUUCCCUCCUGUCAGCCAUCUUACUGUUGAGGUGUGACCUUCCGAACAUGCCCGGCAUCAACCAACCAUACGACAACAUUACCAGAGUAUCUGAUAUUUCUAACCUGAAGGCGAACUGCAAUGCCCAGUGUAACUGCAGCACCCUCGAGAGACAGCCAGUGUGCGGCAUAGACAACAGAGAGUACUUCUCGCCCUGCCAUGCCGGAUGUCUCAGCUAUGAGGGAAUGGAGAAAAACAAAAAUAAUUAUGGUAACUGCAGUUGCAUUAUGGAAUACCUGGGUUCAGAGGUAAACACCAGCGACAUCAUGGCAACAGAGGGAAAGUGUCAGACAGCCUGCUACUCAUUUCCUGUCUUCGCCGUAUUAAGUGGAAUAACGUUAUUCAGCAUUCUGUUGCCGAAUACGCCAUGUUUGAGUGCCGUCUUGAGGUCUGUCUCGAGUUCUCAAAGAACCUACGCGAUGGCGUGGUAUAAUCUAGUCGCGCGGAUCUUUGGUACAAUUCCUGGUCCGGUCCUCUACGGUUUAGUCAUUGACGGUGCAUGUUUCCAAUGGCAGGAGCAUUGUGGGAAAAGAGGAACGUGUUGGAUCUAUGAUAACAAGCACUUCAGCCUGGGAAUGUUCGGCCUGUCCUUUGCCAUGACGGGUGCUUCUGCCUUCUUCUUGCUCAUAACUCUCCUGACGUACAGACCCAAAGUCACGAUUGCCAUACCAAAGGAGAGCACGGACUCCGAGUCGGGGUCAUCUUCCGCAGACGAGACUGGUGAUAUUAAAGCCUGAUAUCUCGAGCAACUCGGAGGACCUUCGUCUCAUUACGUCAGCAUCUGUGUGCUUGUUCGUUUGUGAUGAUCCACUACAUGUUGACCGGAGGUUUUGUCUAAUGCAAACCUGUUUUUAAAAUAACAACUUGACUGACAAUGGAAACUACAUGGUGGGCUU